UCGGCCCCAGAGGCGGCACCAGGAAGCACCCGCCCCGGCCGGAGCCGCCAUGUAACCGGCGCCGCCCGGAGCCCGAGCCGCGCGGGCCCCCAGCGACCCGCACGCCAUGGGAGACGAGGAUGAGGAUGAGGGCUGCUCGGUGGAGCUGCAAAUCACCGAAGCCAACCUGACCGGGCACGAGGAGAAGGUGAGCGUGGAGAACUUCGAGCUGCUCAAGGUGCUGGGCACGGGAGCCUACGGGAAGGUGUUCCUGGUGCGGAAGGCGGGAGGCCACGAUGCGGGGAAGCUGUAUGCUAUGAAGGUGCUACGCAAGGCGGCAUUAGUGCAGCGCGCCAAGACGCAGGAGCACACGCGCACCGAGCGCUCGGUGCUGGAGCUAGUGCGCCAGGCGCCCUUCCUCGUCACCCUGCACUAUGCUUUCCAGACGGAUGCCAAGCUGCAUCUCAUCCUAGACUAUGUGAGCGGAGGCGAGAUGUUCACCCACCUCUACCAGCGCCAGUACUUCAAGGAGGCUGAGGUUCGGGUGUAUGGGGGUGAGAUCGUGCUGGCCCUGGAACACCUACACAAGCUGGGCAUCAUCUACCGUGACCUGAAGCUGGAGAACGUCCUACUGGACUCAGAGGGUCACAUCGUCCUCACAGACUUUGGGCUGAGCAAGGAGUUUCUGACAGAAGAGAAAGAGCGGACCUUUUCCUUCUGUGGGACCAUCGAGUACAUGGCCCCUGAAAUCAUCCGCAGCAAGACUGGGCAUGGCAAGGCCGUGGACUGGUGGAGCCUGGGUAUCCUGCUUUUCGAGCUGCUGACGGGGGCCUCGCCCUUCACACUGGAGGGUGAGAGGAAUACACAGGCUGAGGUGUCCAGACGGAUCCUGAAGUGCUCCCCUCCCUUCCCCCUCCGGAUUGGGCCUGUGGCACAGGACCUGCUGCAGCGACUGUUGUGUAAGGACCCUAAGAAGAGAUUGGGCGCGGGUCCCCAGGGUGCGCAGGAAGUCAAGAGCCACCUUUUCUUCCAGGGUCUGGAUUGGGCUGCCUUGGCUGCCAGGAAGAUCCCUGCUCCAUUCCGGCCCCAGAUUCGCUCAGAGCUGGAUGUGGGUAACUUUGCAGAGGAAUUCACUCGGCUGGAACCUGUUUAUUCCCCUGCUGGGAGUCCUCCGCCUGGGGACCCUCGAAUCUUUCAGGGCUACUCCUUCGUGGCACCAUCCAUCCUCUUUGACCACAACAAUGCAGUGAUGACCGAUGUGCUAGAGGCACCUGGUGCUGGGCUCAGGCCUGGCAGAGCAGCGGUUGCCAGGAGCGCCAUGAUGCAGGACUCGCCCUUCUUUCAGCAAUAUGAGCUGGAUUUGCGGGAGCCGGCACUGGGUCAGGGCAGCUUCUCCGUGUGUCGUCGAUGUCGCCAGCGCCAGAGUGGCCAAGAGUUUGCAGUCAAGAUCCUUAGCCGCAGGCUGGAAGAGAACACGCAGCGCGAGGUGGCCGCCCUGCGGCUGUGCCAGUCACACCCCAACGUGGUGAAUCUGCAUGAGGUGCAUCACGACCAGCUGCACACCUACCUGGUCCUGGAGCUGCUGCGGGGCGGGGAGCUGUUGGAGCACAUCCGAAAGAAGCGGCACUUUAGUGAGUCCGAGGCCAGCCAGAUCCUGCGCAGCCUGGUGUCUGCCGUGAGCUUCAUGCACGAGGAGGCCGGAGUGGUGCACCGAGACCUCAAGCCGGAGAACAUCCUCUAUGCCGACGACUCGCCCGGGGCCCCGGUGAAGAUCAUCGACUUUGGGUUCGCGAGGCUGCGGCCGCAGAGCCCGGCGGGGCCCAUGCAGACGCCCUGCUUCACGCUGCAGUACGCCGCCCCCGAGCUGCUGGCGCAGCAGGGUUACGACGAGUCCUGCGACCUUUGGAGCCUGGGUGUCAUUCUGUACAUGAUGCUGUCCGGACAGGUUCCCUUCCAAGGGGCCUCAGGCCAGGGCGGGCAGAGCCAGGCAGCCGAGAUCAUGUGCAAGAUCCGAGAAGGGCGCUUCUCCCUGGAUGGGGAAGCCUGGCAAGGCGUGUCAGAGGAAGCUAAGGAGCUGGUCCGAGGGCUCCUGACAGUGGAUCCAGCCAAGCGGCUGAAGCUGGAAGGGCUGCGGGGCAGCUCUUGGCUGCAGGACGGCAGCGCGCGCUCCUCGCCCCCGCUCCGUACGCCGGACGUGCUGGAGUCCUCCGGGCCGGCGGUGCGCUCCGGGCUCAACGCCACCUUCAUGGCCUUCAACAGGGGCAAGCGCGAAGGCUUUUUUCUGAAGAGCGUGGAGAAUGCACCUCUCGCCAAGAGGCGCAAACAGAAGCUGCGGAGCGCCCCCGCCUCCCGCCGCGGCUCCCCGGUGCCUGCCUCCACUGGCCGCGUCCCCGCCUCUGCCAAGGGGACACCCCGCCGAGCCAACGGCCCCCUGCCCCCCUCCUAGCUCCCGCCACUGUGAUCCCCUUCUCCCUAGGAGCUGUGACCUGCCAGCCGGGUGAUGAUGCACCAGGCUUCCUCCCCGGUUCUGCCCUGAUCCCCAGGAACUGCGUCCCCGUCUCCCAGACAGAGCAGAAGUAUUUUUAUAAGCAGAGAUUUUUUAAAAAAACGUCCUAUCAGAUAAGAGUUAGAGACCAGGGAAGGAAAGGUUUGGGGCCCUCUCCAGACUGUGUUGGGGGGAAUGAGAGAGAGAGACCCUGGGGAACCCCUCGAUGUUACCUGCUUCUCCCAUACUGGGGCUAAGGAAGGAGGUAGGUGAUUCCCUACAGGGGGAGCCCCUUUCUCACCCACCCAUUCCCCUGGGGCACAGCUGCUCCUGGCUGAAAGUGGGGCCUUGGGCUUCUGGUCUGGGCACCCACAGUCACUGCCUUGACCCCUCCAGGCUGUGCCUUUGAUUUUAAAAUAAAAGUCCAUCCAGUGCA